AUUAAACAGCACUAUUCCCAGCAGACGAAACACGAAAACUAUUAUUAUUUUCGUUGUUAUUGAUUUUAAUUUGUGAACUUAUUUAUUUAAAAUAAAAAUAAUGUCUGCACAAAAUGUAAACGUGUGUGAUAUAGGUGACGAUGUUAGGGAAGUAUUAAAGAAAUUCCGUUUCCAAAAGCACAGCAGCAAUUCUGCAUUAAUAUUAAAGGUAAACAGAGAAAAGCAGGCUCUGGAAGUGGAGGAAGAAUUAGAGAAUGUUGAGCUAGAAGAGUUGCAGGACAUACUGCCCUCGCACCAGCCCAGGUUCAUUGUGUACAGUUACAAGAUGGAACACAAUGACGGCAGGACAUCAUUCCCGAUGUGUUUCAUAUUCUACACUCCCAGGGAUGCACACAUGGAAUUACAGGUAAUGUAUGCGGGAACACAGAGGGCGCUAGCAGCGGCAGUCGGUGCCCCCCGCCUGUUAGAAGUGAGGGAGAUAGAUGAAUUGACCGCAGACUGGUUGAACGAGAAGCUUAAAAGAUAGAGUAAGAUAGAUAUACAAAUGUACUCAUAAAUGAUCAUUUUAUUGUAUAAAACUAAACACCAAAAUUACUUCCAGUCUAAAUUCUAACUGGCCAGUGUCAGUUGUAUAUUUAUAUAAUGACAAACUAGCUGACAGUUCACCUGAUGAAAAGUGGUAUCCACCAACUAUUCUCCAUGAUUUUGCCGCCAUUUUGAAGGGAACUGCAAGAAAUUCACCAUACAAUAUUUUUAUAUUGGUCAACAAAGAUAAAUAACAUGUUUAGAAUUACAUUUAUAUUCCUGAUUUAAAAGCAUGAUAUCCAAGGGUGGCAUAGUAUAUACUGUGACAUCUAUAAUGUUGCUCACGUUGUGCUUAUUUUUAUGGAUGAUAAUCCCUUACCAUCAGGCGAGCUGUUUGUCAAUUCCAACAACAUAAAAUAUCUCUAUUCGAAAUGAGAUUUCGUGAGGUUUUUUUUUUAUAAAAAAUAUAUUUUUUCUUCCAUACACUACAGAUUAUAAUUAUAGCUUACUUUAUUUAAUUUAUUUUAUAUAAUACUCUUACAGUAAAGCAUAAAUCUAGUGUUGCAUAUAUAUAUUUUUCUUUUUUACAAUUUUUUUUGUAUUUUAUUUUUAAAUGACUAAAAUGUCACGGAUGUACUAAACCAAAGCUUGUUAUAAAAGUGUUAUAAAUAUUUUUAUUAAUAACAUAUUAAUUUGUUUUUUUGUACACAUACAUUGUGUAGCAUAUUUGUAAUGAAUUAUAUUUUGAAUAAUUUUUAAACGUUCAAACAUCACGUCCAAUUUUACUAAAGGGUAUACAGCACUAAUAUUUCAGAAGCAAUAGUGUAAAGUUAAUAUAGAGAAACAUAAAUUGAUUUUUGAUGAAAUCUUAAAAUAUUUACUUUUAAUUUAGAAUCUUUUUUGGUAUAUGUAUUAGAAAAGGUAUUAAAGGUAUUGUAAAGUGAUGCGUUCCUACCGAAAAUUAUAUAAUAGUAUAUGUAACAUCAGAGUGUGUAUGUAAUUUACCAGAGGGAGACUUUGUACAAAAGUCGAUUGCUUGGGUACCUCUGUCCCAUUCGUGUUUCAACCGUGAAGCAGUCGUGUUUGCAUGGCUGUGUUUCGGUUUGAAGGGUGGGAUGUGGCGUGAAUUUACAGGGUACAGAGGAAUAACACCUGAGUCCCCAGGAAUGCAACGCAUAGGGGGUAUCAUGGGCGAAACAGAGUAUACUGUUUCGCCCAUGAUACACCCCAUGCGUUGCCAUUCCAGAAUGCCUAUUCUAUGCCGGGACCACACGGCUAGUGACAAAAUACUAAUAGUUAAAAUAGGUUUGUAGAUGUUUGUAGUAUUUAUGAAUAAGGCGGUGAAUCUUUACUAUAAAUUUGCAGUUAAACUUUAACGUUAUAGUUUUUAUUUUACUGUUAACAGGCCGCUCUAAAAUUCUCCCUGAUAAAGUUCACAUAUCAAUGAAAUCUAAUUUGUUCUAAAAACUUUAAUGACAAAUGCACACAAACAAACAUACCUAGUGUAAGAUUUUGUGACAAUUUAUAUAUAUAUAUAUAUAUAUAUAUAUAUAUAUAUAUAUAUAUAUAUAUAUAUAUAUAUAUAUAUAUAUAUAUAUAUAUAUAUAUAUAGCCAUAUUAUGUGUGUAAUGUAUGUGGUGUGUAUGUGUAUGUCUCUAUUUGUAUAACUAAAUGAAUGUAUCACAGUGUGCAGUGUGCACACGACCUAAUAAAGAAAUUAUUUACAGGUACUGUAAUUGUAUUGGAAUGUUAUAUUAUUUUUUAUAAUUAAAUGCGACUUUAAUAGUAUCCAAAUAAUGGAGUCGAUUCUUAGACAUUCCCUUACAACUUAUCCUACAAUUAUCUUUAAAAUACACUAUGUGCCUGCUAUUUUUCUGAUGGUGCCUAUAGGCCGUGGUAAUCACUUACGAUCAGGUGAGCCGCAUGCUUGUUUGUCUUCGCCUUAAAAAAAAAUAUGGGCCAUCGAAAAUGGCGUUUAAAGCAGUUCUGACGUCAUUCUGCUAGAUUUAUACUAGUGCUUAGGUAAUCAUUUCGCUGUAGUAUCGAAUUGAAUGGAGUUACAAAUGUGAAAUAAUGGAUUUAUUAAAAAAAAUAUUUUCAUCUAAUGCGGUGACUUGUGAUACGGGUUCUUCGGAUACCCAGUUCAGGCACCAGUUCUCCACAACUUUGACGUAUCUAUGGUAUUAUUUUAUGUGUUCUUUUGUAUUAAAAAAACUGACAAGAUUGUUAAUAGUGUAUGUACCUAUGAUGUACGUGCAAUGAUUUUUUUAUACCACUGAGGUGGCAAACAAGCAUACGGCCUACCUGAUGGUAAGUGGUUACCGUGGCCUUUGAGCGCCUGCAAUACCAAAGGUUUUAUGUGCACGUCGCCGACCCUUAAGAAUCCUCUUUACCCGACUUUUGAAGAAAUGGUUUGAAUUUGAAAUUUUAAUUAUAAAUAUAGAGAAUGGUGCUCUAGAGUCGACUCCAAUGUCUGCAUACAGAUAAUUACGUCUGCGUACAGUUUUAUUUCAAAUAGCAAAGCGUGAGUUGUUAUUUGAGUAUAUGUCUGAAGCGAACUCGCGAGUGGCGUAUUUACGUAUUGUAAUAAUAUAUUUGGCGUUAAUAUAAUGACAAUAAAUUAUAUUUCAGUUGUAAAAUGCCAAGGAACAUUUUGUUUUAAGUGUAAACUAAAGAAUACGUAGUACACUGGCCCCGGCGUAGCGCAGGUGUGGGGUCAAAUCACGCUUCGAAAUUUUUCAAUCGCUUAAUAAUUUUUAUAUUUUAAUAUCAUAUCUAAGAGGAUAUUUAUUGAAAAAAAAAAAGUUAUAAAUUUAAAAAUUUAUUAAGUAAUAAUUAAAUUCUUUGGUCUUAUCUGAAAUUAUAUAGAUAGAGAAUCGAGUGUCAAAACUGCGUCAAGUUUUUGUCAGUUAAUUGUCAAAUUAGCUGACUCGUUUUUUUUGUCAGUGUUCUAUAUACUUACGCACAUAAUGUAUCCUGACGUAUCUAUAUUUAAUUAUUUAAUAAAUUAAAAUGAGGUUUACGUAUUAAAAAGAUGCAGAAAUUAUAAGACAAAAUAAAUAUAGAAGUUAUAAAGGAAUCGCUCAUAACUAUUUAUCACGCGAAAUUGUGUGAAAAAGUUGAACCGCUUUUCUCGAAGCAUUUGUAUGGAGACACUGUAUCUAUAUAAUCUAAGGGUUUUGUAUUGGAAAAUUUUAAUGAGUGUGCUUUUAUAAGUCAUUCCAUUAUUGAAGCUUAAUUGUAAAUUGUAUAAGUAUAAAUUAUAAAAAAAAAGGUAAAUAUAAUAAAUUUAGGUUAAAAUGUCUGUAGAUACUGGCCGUUUCUGACAAAUAAUUUGGGUAUGUUUUUUUAUUACUGUUUAACUUGUACACAGUAAUAAUUUACGUAUAGAGUAACAUUUAGUGCGCAAUUCUAUGGUCCUAUGGUCUCGAUCGUCGAUUUGGCUACUCUACACGUUGUGACAGUCUCCGCCCUCUAUUGUGAAAAAUUUCUACGCCAUUUUUAUUAAGCGACUUCAAAUUAAUUAAGAACAUGUUCCACAAAUAGUGGCAUAUAGUAGUGAGUGGCGACCCCGUACGGCCGAACUUAGUGUAGACCGACCCCCCCACUAGAUGGUCAUGACAUGGUGAUGACCUCAAAUGCAUUGUAGGGAUUCAGUAGAUGCAGGUGGCUUAGGACUGUUAUGGCUUCCUAUGGGGGAGGCCCAUGUCCAGCAGUGAACGGAUAAUGGCUGAAAUGAGACGAUGAAUGAUGUCCCACAAAAAAUGUACUUCCGUGGUGCCCCACCAGCAUAUACCUUUAGCGGAGGUAGAGUUACCACUCCAUUAUGCAUCAAAAAUAAAAAAAUACAUAAAGUAGUUGAAUAUUUUGUGAGCUGGGAAGCGUGUUUGAAUUGUCUGCCAUUUAUUGUAUUAAUAAAAAAAUUUUUUACUUACCAUUGUAUACACGAAUAUUUUAUACUUCUGAUACGAUGUAUUUUAUAGUGAUUUUCACAGCAUUUAUAAUAAUAUAGUAUAUUAAAAGACAUAUUAAUAAAACAGAAUAUAAGCUA